AAUCACAUGAUGUCAAAAAAUAGUGUGCUUCUCCAGGAAUAGAAAGGGUUUUCAAACUUGUGAAUAAUGUCGUCUGAUAAAUUGAGACUUGAAAAGUUGGGGAUAUUUGAAGAUGAAGAUGGUUCUCUUAGAGUUGAUGAUAUUGAUGCUGUUAUUUCUGCACCUUCAGUUCCUGCACUGACUCAUGAUGUUCCAGAAACUAGAUUAGUUAUCACUGAUCUUAUAGUAAGAGAUUUCAAAUCUUAUGCAGGAGAACAAGUUCUUGGUCCGUUUGAUAAGAAUUUUACUGCAAUUGUUGGACCAAAUGGAAGUGGGAAGUCAAAUGUCAUCGAUGCUUUACUUUUUGUGUUUGGUCGCAGAUCACAAAAGAUACGUUCCAAGAAAAUUAGUCAACUAAUUCAUAAAAGUGAGCUUUAUCCAAAUUGCAACAGCUGUUCUGUUACUGUGAAUUUUGCAACUAUAAAAGAUGAGGGUGAUAAAUAUACAGUGCUUCCUGAUUCAAGAUUUACGCUUUCAAGGACUGUUUUUUCAAAUGAAACUUCCUAUUAUGAAAUAUGUAAUAAACGGGUUAGAUUUUCAGAUCUGCAAAGUACUUUAAGUGCAUAUGGAAUUGAUUUGGUUCAUUGUCGUUUUUUAGUAUUACAGGGCGAAAUUGAGGCGAUUUCAUUAAUGCUGCCCAAAGGUCCAAAUGAUAAUGAAACAGGUAUGCUGGAAUAUGUUGAAGAUAUUAUUGGUUCCAGUCGCUUCAUUGGACCCAUUAAAACCAUUGAAGGAAAACUUAAAACACUUGGAGAGGAAAAAGAAGUAAAGUUGAACGAACUGAGAAAUGCUCAAAAAGCGAAAGAUGAAUUAGAGGAUCCAAAGAACAAAGCCAUAGAAUACUUAAAAUUAGAAAACAAGCUAUAUUUAUUAGAACAUUCACUUCUGCAUCUUAAUCGGUUUGAGACUGAAACUGAACUUGAGAAUAUAAUUAAAGGUAAAGAAGAUUUAGUAAAUAAAAUGGGUACUCUGAAAAAGAAAUUAGAAAGUGUAAGAGCUUCCAAAAAGUCUAUUGACUGUGAGCUUCGUGAAUUAAAUGGGCACUAUGAUGUUCUAUUAAAAACAGUCGAGGAAAGUAAAGAAAAAUAUAAAGAACUGGAGCGACGAGAUGUAGCUUAUGAUGAAGACAUGAAGCAUGCAAAAAAUAAAAUAGAAGUUUUUGAAAACAAUUUGGAAACUUUAAAAAACGAGCGGAAUAAAUUGGCAAAGCAGCUAACUACAUAUGAAAAGGAAACAACUGAACUUGCAGAAAUGAAAAAGAAGCUUGAGGCAGAAAAAAGUGUUGAAGAAACAAAACUUACAGAGUUGAGAAAAGAAUUAAUUAUGUACAAAAAGGAAAUUGCCGAACAUUCAGCAAAAGAAAAAUUAGAAGAAAAAGAUGCUGAACAAAGUAAUUGG